CUCGAAGCCUCGCUAGACGUCACUAACUGAGGAAGUAAACAAACUGGCUGCUCUGUAUCCCUUCUAGCAACAACAGAUCUAUUGAGAAGGGAAAAAACAAAAUGAGCAGUCAGGGUUCAAGCCGAGGAUCAUGGAGAGGUGGAAACAGCUCAGGAUCUGGAGGAAGAGGAGGAUGGAAAGGUGGAGGAGGGUGGAGAGGAGGAAGAGGAUGGAGUAAUGGUCAGUAUAGAGGCUGGCGAGGUCGUCAAUGGAGUGGAGGAGGAGGAGGAAGAGGAAACUAUUCAAACUACAAUACACAAAAUGGAAUUGCUCAAGUUAGCCAGGCACGUGUGACUCAAGCAACCCUUGACAUCACUUGUCCUUAUAAAGGAUGGCGACUCUACUUUUCCGAAGGGUUUGUUGAAAGUUCACCUUACGUUGAGAAAAUAAAAGUGUUUGAGCAGUACUUCACAUCGCAGAUUGAUCUGUAUGAUAAGGAUGAGAUUGAGAGGAAAGGCAGCAUUCUGGUGGACUACAAAGACCUUCUGUCCAACAAACAGGUUUCACACUCCCUCCCGGAUCUGGCCAGAGAUCUUAAAGAAAUGCCGGAGAAGAUUCUGGACUGCUUGGGUGUAGCAAUUCAUCAGGUGUUGACACUGGAUCUAGAGAGACAUGCAGCAGAACUGCAGGGCCAGGAAGAGCUUCCAGCAGGAAUACGGCCCAUAAUUAACAUCCCUCACAUCAGCGCUAGGUUGUAUAACUAUGAGCCACUGACUCCUUUAAAAAGCCUGAGAGCAAAUUUAUACGGCAAGUUUGUUGUGAUCAGAGGUACUGUGGUGAGAGUGAGUAACAUUAAACCGCUCUGCAUGAAGCUGGCGUUCGUCUGUAACAGCUGCGGAGAUACACAGAGCGUUGCAUUGCCUGAUGGGAAAUACACCAUGCCCAUGAAGUGUUUACAGUCUGAAUGUCGUGGUCGGUCAUUCACUCCUAACCGAAGUUCACCUUUCACACUCACGGUCGACUGGCAGACAAUAAAGGUUCAGGAGCUGAUGUCUGGAGACCAGCGUGAGUCCGGUCGAAUCCCGCGCACCAUUGAAUGUGAGCUCACGCAGGAUCUGGUGGACAGUUGUGUGCCUGGAGACAUGGUCACCAUCACAGGGGUCAUUAAAGUGUCCAAUGAAGAAGGGAGUAGCAGAAACAAGAAGGACAAGUGCAUGUUCCUGUUGUACAUUCAAGCAAAUUCAGUCAGCAACUCGAAGGGUCAGAAAAGCAAAGCCGUGUCUGAAUCUGAAGGCCAGGGACCAUCAGUGGAGUUCUCCAUCAAAGAUCUCUACGCCAUCCAGGAGAUCCAAGCUCAAGAAGACCUGUUCAAACUCAUAGUCAACUCUCUUUGUCCAGUCAUUUACGGCCAUUUGCUUGUUAAAGCCGGGUUGGCUCUGGCUCUAUUUGGAGGAUGUCAGAAGUAUGUUGAUGAUAAAAACCGUAUCCCAAUAAGAGGAGACCCGCAUAUGCUUAUCGUUGGAGACCCUGGACUUGGCAAAAGUCAGAUGUUACAGGCUGUGUGUAACGUGGCCCCACGGGGUGUUUAUGUAUGUGGAAACACAACCACCACCUCAGGACUGACUGUAUCUCUAUCUCGGGACAGUGGAUCUGGAGACUACGCUCUUGAAGCCGGAGCACUGGUGCUGGGAGAUCAAGGCCUUUGUUGCAUUGAUGAGUUUGAUAAGAUGGGCAGUCAGCAUCAGGCUCUUCUGGAGGCCAUGGAGCAGCAGAGCAUCAGCCUGGCUAAAGCUGGGAUUGUCUGCACGCUUCCUGCUCGGACCUCCAUCAUCGCAGCCGCCAAUCCAGUCGGAGGACAUUACAAUAAAGGAAAGACCGUCUCAGAGAAUCUGAAAAUGGGCAGUGCGCUGCUGUCCAGGUUCGAUCUGGUCUUCAUCUUGUUGGACACUCCUAAUGAGGACCACGAUCACCUGCUGUCUGAACACGUGAUGGCGAUGCGUGCAGGAAAGAGCGGAGCAGUCAGCGGAGCUGUGGCAACACGCUUCAACACACAGGAGUCCAGCAUCUCCAUUCUGGAGGUCUCAUCGGAGAAACCCCUCGCAGACACACUCAAACUGGUUCCUGGAGAAGCUUUUGACCCGAUUCCUCACCAGCUCCUCCGGAAGUAUGUGGGUUACGCCAGACACUACGUCCACCCGACCCUCUCUGCAGAGGCUGCACAGGUGCUGCAGGACUUCUAUCUGGAGCUGCGCAAACAGAACCAGACGGCGGACAGCACACCCAUCACCACCCGCCAGCUCGAGUCCCUCAUCAGACUCACUGAGGCAAGAGCCCGUGUUGAGCUAAGGGAAAAAGCUACACAAAGUGAUGCAGAGGAUGUUGUGGAGAUCAUGAAACACAGCUUGACAGACACAUACUCUGAUGAAUUUGGCCGUCUGGAUUUUGACCGCUCUCAGCUCGGCUCCGGGAUGAGCAACCGCUCCAAAGUCAAGAAAUUUGUCUCGGCGUUAAACAAACUCGCUGAGCGAACCAGCAAAAGCAUGUUUGAGCUUCAGGAGCUGCGACAGCUCGCCAAAGAUCUGCAGAUACAGGUUGUGGAUUUCGAGGGCUUCAUCUGUGCGCUCAAUGAGCAGGGUUACCUUCUGAAGAAAGGCCACAGGAUCUAUCAGCUUCAGACCAUAUGAGUUAUGGUUUUACACUGUUAUUGUCUCUGUUUUAAUGCAACAAAUAUCAUAUUUAUAUUACACCAUGUAAUAUGUUUCAGUAUGUUCAAUGUUGAUAACUGUACAUUGGUGUAAUGAACAUAAAUAGACUGAUUAAUUUUUAUGCACCUGUAAAUAGUUUGUACAAAUGCAAAUCGUAGCCACGUUUAUGAGUAUUAAUGCAAAAUCUUUAGAUUGUUUUGUAUUAUAUUGAUUCCUCAUGUUCAUUUCUGUUCAAUA